GGCUGUGGCACAGGUUGCUUAGAAGCGCGGGGCGAGCGCCGCAGCUCCUGUGCUGCCGUGGGUUUCCUUCCCUGGAAGCACUCAUCUGAUCCCUGCAGGAAUGGCCCCGGGGCUCAGUGCUUCUCCACCAGUUGUGCUUCUGCUCCUGUCCCUGCUGGGUCUGGCUGCUGCUGGGAAGCUCCUGGUGGUGCCGGUGGACGGGAGCCACUGGCUCAGCAUGCGGGAAUUGCUGGACAUGCUCCAGCAGAAGGGACAUGAGGUGGUCGUGGUGGCACCUGAAGUCUCCCUACAAAUCAAACCAUCCAAGACCUUUGCGAUGAAAAUGUACCCGGUUCCCUUCACUCAGGAAGAGCUGGAUUCAGUUUUCAAAGGAUCAGUAAUGGAUUUAUUUCAAGGAGGAUCCUUUCUGGACAGAGUUAUUAGACAGUACCAACAGGCAAAGAAGACCUCUGCUCUGUUCUUGGCCACCUGCUCACACUUAAUUCACAACAAGGAGCUCAUCAGGUACCUUGAGGAGAGCAAGUUUGAUGCCGUCCUCACAGAUCCUGUUCUGCCCUGUGGGGCAAUACUGGCCGAGUAUCUUUCCCUACCUUCUGUGUAUUUCCUGCAGCAAGUUCCAUGUGGUUUGGAGUAUCAAGCCACCCAGUGCCCCAAUCCCCCUUCCUAUGUUCCCAGAGUAUUUACAGACCUUACAGACCACAUGACCUUUCUCCAGCGGGUGAAGAACAUGCUCUAUGACAUCCCAAACUUUUUCAUCUGCGAUGUCGUCUUCCAACCUUAUGCAGAACUGGCUUCGGAGUUGCUGAAGCGGGAGGUGACCGUGCCGGAUCUCCUGCGCCAGGCUUCCAUUUGGCUCAUGAAGCUGGACUUUGUCUUGCACUUCCCCAAACCCUUGAUGCCCAACAUGGUUUUGAUUAGUGGAGUAAAUUGUGCUUACAAGAAGCUAAGUCAGGUGGGUCCCGCUCUGUUUUCUCUUGCUGUUCCUGCAGGCUUUGGAAAUCUCGAGGAAGCUGAAACUCAACUUUCGUGUUUCCAAAGUUGGAAUCUGGAGCAAGGUGGCAGGCCGGGGGGGUCUCAGGCUGAGAAGCAGCCCCUCUGUUUGCUGGCAGAUCUAGCAAAACUUUGCCUUGGUGAUGACGGCUGA